AACGUCACUGUACUGAGUGUACUCCCUAUACCCACCGCAGCGGAGCUGUCCUAUGUGACUAGGAGUUCACUCCAGCAAAUAAUAGGUGGUAAGCUGAACAGCGUGUGCAGUCUGGCCGACUUGGACACCUCGCUGAGUUGGUCGCGGCUAUGGCAAGUGGAGGCGCGCGGCAUGAAAACCUCACGCCGCGUCACCUGGAAGCCUACUGACGCCUCCUGCCUGCAACAACCCCCGCUGCCGCGGCCUAAUGCUGGCUGGGGACGGCUGUAUCGUGGCCACCACAUCAACGUCUGCAACAACGCGACGCAACAUCUCCUGCAGGAGCGAUGCGUCGACAACAUCCGCUGUGCUACGCUCUUGAAGGUGUUACUCGGGAUGCUGAACAGCGGCGAGGGCGGCCGCGUCUUCUUUGGCGUCUCGGAAGGCGGCGUCGUUGAGGGCAUCAGCAUGACGCAGCAGCAGCGCGACUGCCUCAUGCUUGGAGUAUCGCAGUGCGUGGGCGAGAUAAGACCGCUGGUGCUGCCGUGUGACGAGCUGGUGCAGUUCAUCCCAGUGCUGCUCACUCAGCAUGGCAGUGCUGAGGAGCCUCAACCUGCCGCCGCCAACCUACAGCCAACCGAUCGCUACGUUGUCAUCAUUACGGUGAGACCGCGCGCAGGAGUGGUGUACCGCAGCCGCGACAGCGACGACGUUAUCCUGCGGCAGGGCGCGAGCAACGUCACUCUGCAGGGCCUUCCUCUCGCCGCGCUCCUGCAGCGCGAACAAGAACUCAACCUCCAGCAGCUGCAGAACAUAACUGACGAGAAACUUAGCUUGAUCUUGCUUUAAUUUUGAUGUGGUCUUGAAUGGUAACUGAUGAAAGGUUUUUCUGCGAAAUGUUUCAAAGCAGGACGAUCUCAAAAUUAUACAUACGAAUUCAUUCCUAAAAUGCUGCUGAAUGAGCAUUCAUCAAACAUGGGUUGCGACUUUCAUUCAAUCGAUGUUAAUAUGCUCCAAUUAUGGCACUAUUUGCAAUUGAACUAUUCACUAUCCAACCAAGUAUUGUUUGUAACAUAAUUAUAAGUGAUAAGUCGUAUAUAUCAUAUGAGCUAGAACUCGUCAAUUCUAUUGCAGUCGAAUAUACAGGUCAAGAAAAAUGCGGACUAUAGCGAACGCUUGGUUGUAAAUGAUGCUUCAAGAUAUCAACUUCGAUCAUUAUAUUUAUCACAGGUGCGCUUAUUUGUGCCUUGUUUGAAAACAUGUAAAUUAACUAAAUCACUUCAAAUGGAAUAAAUCAAAAACACCGUCAUAUGCACUCUUACCCUGACCAGCUGAUGAUCUCAAACAACGACUUAUAAAACGUUGUGAAAUAACAAUACUUGUAAUAGUUACAUCGAAAUUAACAAAAUAAAAAUAUCA